CAGGUACAAGUGGGUCCGUAGCUGGUGCUACUUGUACUAGUCGGGCAAUUUUCGGGUUACGUCUCCGGCGCGUGGGUAAGAAUUAGCUCGCGGAUGAGGAUUAUCGGUUGCACAUCGUAUACUCCGCGUAUAGUUUCCCGCCCACAUCCCGUGUUUGCGAGGACAGCAUAUAAAAACGGACCUGCGUCCAGUUGGUCAGGCAUUUUUUUUUCGCUACCUGCUCGGUACAGCGCGAUAUAUAUAUUUUUUUUUGUGUGAGUUACCGAGAAAAAAAUGGUAGCAAGAGUGCUGUCGGUGGUUGUCCUAGUCUGCUGCCUCCAGGCGGUCUUUGUCAGUGCUGGUAAACGCCCGGAUUUCGUCACCGAUGAGAUGAUGGAGAUCGUAAGGCCCGACAAGGAGAAGUGCAUGGCCGAGCACGGCACUACCGAGGAUCUGAUCGAUGAAGUGAACGAUGGCCAUUUGCAAGACAAUCGCGCCAUCACUUGUUAUAUGCACUGCCUCUUUGAGGCCUUCAGUUUAAUAGACGAUGACGGUGAGCUCGAAGUUGAGAUGUUGGUCGGUUUUAUACCCGAGGAGUUCAAGGCGGUCGCCGAAGAUCUGAUCGAGCACUGCGCACAUCUGAAGGGCACUGAUCCUUGCAACACGAUGUUCGUCAUGGCCAAGUGUGUACAGGACAAACGCCCCGACCUCUGGUUCAUGGUUUAAGACCCAAAAGUCGACGCGGAGCCCUAAAAUCGGCAGUGGUCCGCGAUCAAUCGGACGACACUAGACUAGCGGCAGCCGCUAUUUUUUGGAAUUUUUUUGGUGACGAUAAUUCAAUCAUCCACGAGACAAUUUGUCAAUCGUGAAAACGGAAUGUUGUAGUAAAUGCGAGCGCAUUGUAUUUUAUUUUUGUCAAUUACAUACGUACAAUAAAUGUAAAUUUUUUUUGGAAGAUAAUAAACAUAAAAAAU